AUGUAUCAGCUGUUCUUGGCGAACCAAGAAAAAUUCCACAAGGAGGCGGACAAGCAGUACUGGAAGGCGAUUGCGGAGCUGGUCCCUCACGAGAUCCCGGGGCUGGAGAAGAGGGGCGCCGCCAGAAAGAAAAAGGAGCUGGAGAAGAAUCCCAACAUCGUGGUGGUGCAGGGGCCAAAGCCGGGCAAGCCCACUGAUCUCUCCCGGAUGCGCCAAGCCCUCAUGAAGCUCAAGCAGAACCCGCCGACGCACAUGGUGCCGCCGCUGCCCCCGCCGGCGAAGGAGGAUGCCAAGAAAGACGGCGAUGCCAAGAAGGAUGGCGGCAAAGACGCAAAGGAGGUGGAGCAGAAGAAGGACGGCAAGCAGGCAGCUGGAGAGGGUGAGAAGAAGGGCGCGGCCGAUGGCGAAAAUCCUACAAUAGGUGGCAAGGCAGCCGCAGCCCCUCCGGCGGCAACAGAGAGUACGGCGGAUAAAGUACCUGAGCAACCGACGCCGGCGAAGAAGUGA